UCGACACAUUCUGCAUAUCCAACUUAGGUCUGGCGGAAUAUUCCCCAUACAAGUUCUUCCUGAGGUCAUCCCGUGAACGGUCUCGCGGCUGAGUAAUCCCUCUUCCACCCCGUACUUACUGGAUUUGCGGGGAAAUUGAAUUGCGAUCAACACAACACUUCACUUGAUCGCAAUAGGCGGAAUGACAGAGACAUUUUCAUCCGUGCCGAUCGUCGACUUCGCUCGGCUGAACGACCCUGUGACGAAAGAUGAGGAGCUGUCAAAUCUGCGUGAAGCCAUCUUCGUUGUUGGGUUCCUAUACCUAACCAACACAGGAUUAGAGAGCCUAAUUCAUCAUACCCAUGAAAAUCUACCCAAGCUAUUUGACCUGUCGACAGAGGCCAAGGAGAAAUGCAACAUGAUUAACUCGCCAUCGUUUCUCGGCUAUACCCGCCUCGGUGCCGAGACCACUGCAACAAAAACAGAUCUCCGCGAGCAAUUUGACUUUGGCACUCCUGGCGUGAAACCCUGGACAGAGCAAGACCCAUUUUGGCAACGGCUUGAAGGGCCUAAUCAGUAUCCAGAUUAUCCAGGUGCUCAGGACCUAGUUGACGAAUAUAUCACGAAGACUGACAGCCUGGCGCAGGCAUUUGUACGCCUCGUCGCCGAAUGCUUGUCCCUCCCACGGACGACAUUUGAUGGCUUCAAGGGUAAUAUGAGCCGGCUAAAAUUUGUCAAAUACCCACCUGCCGCACAAAACUCCCAGGGUGUUGGCCCUCACAAGGACUCGGCGGGUCUUUUUACCUUCCUGUCCCAGGACAAUACAGGAGGACUGCAGGUACUCAACAAGAAGGGGGAAUGGAUUGACGUGCCUCCAAUUGAGGGAAGUCUUGUCGUAAAUAUCCAACAGGGAUUCGAAGCGAUCACUGGAGGGAUUUGCGCGGCCACAACACACCGAGUUAUCGCGCCCACUUCUCAAACGCGCUACAGCAUCCCGUUCUUCCAGGGCGUGAGACUAGACUUAACGCUAGAUCAGCUCAAGGAAUCCGCUGCUCACAUCGUGCAGCGCAUUCCAGCCUCUGACGAUAAGAAGAAACGAGCAGUUGAUGUGCCGAGUGAAUUCCUUUCUCCUUUGUAUUCUUGCUUUGGCGAAGCUCACUUAAGAAAUCGCAUCUUAAGCCAUCCGGACGUGGGCCAGCGGUGGUAUUCAGAGCUGUAUGCAAAGUAUUCUCAGCAGGUCCUAAAAUAGUCUAGAAAAGAAUUGUUGAUAAUCCCUGUUAAUUCGCCGUAAUUAACAACGCUCACCCUACUGGCUCGGCAUUUCGACUUGCCAAGAACCUGGACCAUCCACGGAAGCAAGAUCAACACUGCCGAUGCAGUUUGGCAUCGCUUACGCUUUUUCCUGCAUACAAAUUGCAUCGUGUUGUAUCCCAGGAAAAUAUUUCAGUUCAG